UGAAUCGAAGCCGGGAAUUUUGAGAGACAGAAGAUUUUAACGAGAACCAUCCAUCGUACAGUCUGCCACAGAGGAAACAAUCUUCAUCAUGGCAUCAGACAAGAAAGCUGCAGCGGCCGAGAGGAACAAAGCAUCGGCGAAACUUAUGGUCACCAUGUUUCCGAGGAUCCCCAAAACGGCCGAGACGUUGCUCGAGUUCGUUAUCAAGCGAGAGAGCAAGGUUUCCCUCCUUCGCGAUCCGCUCACUCACUUCUGUCAGGAAGAAAUUGUCUUGCAUUCCCAAGAGUGUUUGCUCAAACUCACCAAGCAGGUGAUAACUUACCAGGACAUCCGUGACAUGAUCGAGAACCUCAUCGCCCUACAUAACAUGUGCAUCAAGAAGGACCCGGAUGUUGCCAGGACGCUGGGUGAGACGCUACGCAAACUGACCAUCAUUAUAGGGGAAGUGGCGAGUACAUUGGAGAAAAUAUCUGAAGUCCCUAUUACCGACUGGAUGGCUGUCGCCGAUGCCAUCGGUUCAAAGGUUGACAAGCUGAAUCCACCAAAGCAACUUCCUUUUGCCACGUUUAUCCCCAAGAUGCGUGACUUCAAGAACUUGAGAAUGCUGGGUGCCGGUGGAUUCGGGGCUGUGUACUUGGCGAACUACAGACCUGCGAACUUCGUUGCCACCAUUAAACUCGUGGCCAUGGACCGCUUCAGCAGACACAAACAGGCAGCUAUGGACAAAGUGGUCGCUUCGGUCAUACGAAACCCUUGCCUCGUUAAGUACUACGCGUGCUUCUGCGUCAAGGAAGCUUACGUCACCAUCAUGGAAUACAUUGCUGGGCUUGACCUUCAGAGAGUCGUUAGCGCUGAAGAAUUCCUCUCCAUUGAUGCCGUAAAGAUCGUUAUGGCCCAGCUGAUCAUAGCCCUCGAACAUAUGCACAACCGAGGCUUCCUUCACAGAGACAUCAAGGUGUCCAAUAUGCUAAUUCUGCCAGGCGGCCGCGUCAAGGUUAUCGAUUUUGACACAACAAAAGUCUGCAGCGGUCACUUUGCCAAACGGCUGCUUCGCGGUUACUGCCGUAGGACUGCCUGUGAAUUUAACGACGCUGAAUGUGCUGGCACGAUGCCUUACAUGGCGCCCGAAAUCUUAAAGAAGAGGCCAUACGGCCGCGCAGCGGACUGGUGGUCCUCAGGCAUCGUCAUGUACAAGCUCCUCACUGGCAGGGUGCCCUUCCGGGGCAAAACCAAGCAGAUCCUCAAAGAACGCAUCGUCACGGCGCCGCUCAAGUGGCCGAAAUUCGAAGAACACCCGCACUCGGCGACUCCACCAGCGAAGGAUAUGACGUACCGUAUGCUCAAGAAAAACCCUUCGGAAAGACUCGGAUCCAAGAACUACGCAGACCUAAGAUCGCACGCUUUUUUCGACGACUUCAACUGGAAGCACAUUUACGAAAAGACGGAACUCGUCGAUAUCCAGAGUAUCAAGGACAUCAUGAAAGCCGACUCCGAGAAACGCAAAAAGACUGGUCCAGAUCCAGACGACGACCGAAAGCAUCAGCAGAUCGACGACAUGACCGACAUCAGUCCGGAGGCACAGAAGCCGCUGCUGUGUUUCGCUUCGCCCUCGUUCAAGAAGCUCAUUCUUACGGUGAAACAAAAGCAGCAGAUCAAGGCGACGGACUCGUUCAUGAACUCUGGUGAUGAGUUUUCGUCCGGAAUCGAUUACCACCACACGAAAACAAAAAGCAGUUCAAAAAGUACAAUCGAGAGUACAGAUACGGCCAUACUUGGAGCUGAGAAGAUAGACCUGAUACUUUUCAGAAAGAAACAGUUUCGAAAGUUCUGGGGCUUCGGAUUUUCAUUGUCGAGAAGAAUAGCGGAAAACAACAAGUACUUGAUUUAUGUGGAUAGCGUGAAGAAGGACAGCCCUGCGGAUCGCUCUCAGGUUCUCCCCCUGGACGUUGUCUUGGCGGUGAACGGUACCCCUAUCGGUGACGCUACGGUGGGUAAGGUGAAAAGGAUGAUUGGGCAGUCUGACGAACAGAUGGUGCUGUCCGUCAUGGCUGCGAGCCCGUACCGUAUGUUGACCACGAGGCGCGAUGUGAUGGCGGCGAUAAGAAACUCCAACAAGGAAACUAUCAUCGUGCAAAGAGCUGCCCUGUCCUGUGACGGCGGCACGAGACCUUUUGGACUUGGUAUCGUGGACGCUGAUACCUGGGAUGAUAAGUCCAAAGAGCUAGUCCGCAUGUUUAUGAUCACGCACGCCGGCGCGGCUACGGUGGGCAAGAAACCCUUGUAUCCCGGCGAUGUUAUAACUCACGUGGACGGAACGGCGCUGUCCAAGUUGAGCAUGGAAUUAAUGCUUCAGACGCUGUCGACAGGCAGGCCAGAGGCCACGCUCACUAUUGUUCCCUUUGCGCCUUUCCGCGAGAAGAGGAUCAAGCUCAGCAAACUUCGAGAGACGGCCAUAUCGGACUCGAAUGUUCCCAGCAACACUACUGCUGCUCAGAUAGAAGAAUAAAUACAAAAUAUACAGCAAUGUACAUUCAAGUUUACAAAUAUAUAAUU